AGAAAAACGGCCACGUAAAAAAAGUAUUUUAUCUGACGCAAAUACUUGGCAUUCUUGAACGAACCGAACUAGAUGAGAGUAAACAAAGGCCAUUAGAAUAUGCCACAGCGCCAAGCGACGCAGCAGUUGGAGUUGAUAUGUGACGUGAAGCAGUGAAAAUAGAUCGGGACCCUCAAAAUUGACCAUGGACGAAAAGCUCAAAUAUUCGCUGCUGCGCGGGGAGCUGGUUGACACGCAGAGCAUAUGGACCAGGCACGAGAAGCGCGUGUGGUUCAUCACACUGAUAACGGGCACCUGCAUGCUCUACUCCACCCGCACCACCAUGCCCCUCCUUGUGCCGGCCGUGGCAUCCGCCCAAAAGUGGAGUAAAACCGACUCCGGCACAGUGCUCAGCUCCUUCUUCUGGGGCUACACCCUGACUCAGGUGGUGGGUGGCUACUUCAGCGACCGCUUUGGAGGGCAGCGGGUCAUCCUGGCCGCCGCCAUCGGAUGGUCGCUCAUCACAUUCCUGAUGCCGACGAUCAUCUGGUCUGCGGGCUCCAUCAAGAGCUAUGCCAUUCCCUUCAUCGUAGCCAUUCGGAUUCUUAAUGGCGCACUCCAAGGCGUCCACUUCCCCAGCAUGAUCAGUCUGACGAGUCAGAACCUCUGCCCCAAUGAAAGGAGCAGCUUCUUUGGCUUGCUCACAGCUGGCUCAGCUUUGGGCACUCUACUCACCGGCAUCAUGGGCUCGUUCCUGCUGGAAUACUUUGGCUGGUCGUACGUCUUCCGGGUGAUUGGACUGAUGGGCAUUGCCUGGGCGCUGGUCCUGCGCUACUAUGCAAUGGCCGGGGAGCGCAAUAGGAUCAUAAACAUUGCCACGCCCUCGCGUCUGUGCGCAAACAAAAGUCCGACGGAGACAACGGCCGUGCCCUGGCUACGCUACUUCAGCCGACUGUCCUUCUGGGCCUGUGUGCUGACCCACGCCUGCGAGAUGAACUGCUUCUUUGUGCUGCUCUCGUGGCUGCCCACAUACUUCCACGACGGCUUUCCGCACGCCAAGGGCUGGGUGGUCAACAUGAUACCGUGGCUGGCCCUCCCGCCGUGCACCCUUUUCGCCAAGUACUUGACCACCAGGAUGCUGGCCCGCGAGUGGCAGACGACGACGGUGCGAAAGUUUAUCCAGAGCUGCUGCUUCGGCGCCCAGAACUUGGCCCUGUUCGUGAUGAGCCGCACCUCGGACUUCCACACUGCCCUCAUCUGUAUGACCAUCAUCAUAGGCGGCACGGGCUUCCACAACAACGCGGUGACGGUGAAUCCCCAGGAUCUGGCUCCCCUGCACUCGGGCAGCGUCUUUGGCCUGAUGAACACUGUGGGCGCGAUUCCCGGCUUCCUGGGUGUCUAUUUGGCCGGACACAUUCUGGAGCUCACGCAGAGUUGGCCGAUGGUGUUCAGCGCGGCGGCUGGCAUCAAUCUUGUCGGCUGGAUUAUAUUCAUGGUCUUCGGUUCGGCGGAGGCCAUUGUUUAACAUUCUCUUGCACACUUUCCUCAGUUGAAAUUAACUUAUUUAUUUACAUAUGUGUGUGUAUAUUGGAGUGGGUCGAUUUAAACCAUGCAUGGACGAAUUUUAAUCCAUUUUCUUUUCUUAGUCUGAAAUAUUCAAUUACUUUUAUUUCUUGUUAACAACUGACGACCGAGUACUUUUCUCGGGAAAUGUUAAAGCCAAAAAUAUGUAGCAUUUUGGAUACCAUAAGACAUUAAGAUGUUUAGCCAUUAAAUCGAUUCACUCUAUAUAUAUUAAUGUAUAUAUUUAAGGCCGUAGUUUUAAGUAGAGAAAUCUUUCUGCUCCUAGCGUGAUAAAUUAUAAUUUUUUAAUCCAUCAA